GUUCCGCUUAUGAUCUGCCAGCGCGACACGCGAAACACAAGCUAAAAGAUAAGGAAGCGUUAUAUCGGUCAUAUGCCAUGGCGAUGUGAUCCAGGGCGCGUUUGCUUUGAACCACCUCUUGAGUGAAGUGUCCCCAUCCAAAGACAUGGCAGAGCAAGAUACAGAUCAUCAACACACAUCAGGCGAGAAAGGAGAACCACAGCCCACGAUUAUGGAUCAUGUCUCACCGUUUGAUGAGAGAAAACUGAAAGAGACAGAUGUUACUUUGCAUGUAAAGCCUCAACUCUCAGAUGAUUCAGCUACACGACCAGCAAGCAGUGAGAUGAACGAAGACAAUGAAGAAUUUACACCUCCAGAUGAGGAUACAAUGCUGAAUGUGAAGGAGAAAAGCACCCCAUUUCAGGCUGAUGAAGAAAGUCAUAGUGAUCACAGCACAGAGAAACAAAGAAAUGAGCAACCGACCAUGACAGCUGAGAUUUCCAAAGAAUCUUCACUUCUAGAUGAGGACAUAACGUUGAGUGUGAAGGAGAACAGCACACCACUUCAGGCUGAUGAAGAAAGUCACGGUGACCACAGCACAGAGAAACCAAGAAAUGAGCAACCGACUGUGACGGCUGAGGAGAUUACAAGACAAUACCACACUGGGGAGGAGAAAGAACCAGAGACAACCACCCCACCAACCCUGGGGGACCGAAGGGACCAAGUAGACGGACCUGAUACAGAAACCCCGGAUACUGACAACAUAAACGCUGAAGCUGAGGAGAAUGAUAGAAGCCACAUGGAGGAGGAUUUAACUCCUCAGGAAGAAGAGGAGAAAACAUUCACUCCUCAGGCAGAGACCAUCGGUCCUACCACUCAGGAGACUGCUGAGGCUGAACCUGAAGUUUCAGUGGUUACUAGAAAUAUUGGAGGAAAUAGAAUAUACCUGAUAGCAGGUAUAUUGGGGUUAGUUUUGGCCAUCCUGGUGUCACAUCUCCUCCAACCCGAGUCUCCACCUCAGAAAGAUGAUGUGCGGCAAAUCGACAUCUUCCUCAGGCAGUUGGAGAAAGUAAAGACUCAGUUCCCAAACCAGCGUGCUGAGCUUUGGAAUAGGAGCAAGAUCCACCUGCUGAGGCACCUGCAGACAGCCCAGCCCACUGAGCCAGUCAGUCUCAUCCUGACUGCCGGCCACAGAGCCGAGAGGACGCUGCACUGCCUGGCUCAGAGCCUGGCCUCUGCCUUCUCUUCUGCCCUCAACGCCUCCGUCGUCCACAUUGAUGGAGCCAGCAAAGCCAGCCAGGACAGCGACCAGGUCAAGCUGGACAUCGACAGCAAACUGCAGGGAGCUUUCGAAGGAGACAAACCUGUGGCUGUCAUUAACCGCUUCGAGGAGCUGCCUCCAGGCUCCACUCUUAUUUUUUAUCGCUACUGCGACCAUGAGAAUGCUGCCUACAAGAAGACAUGUCUGAUCUUCACAGUACUGCUGGGGGAGGAAGAGGAAAUUCCUGCCGAGACUCGUUUGAGUACUGUGGAAGAGAUGGUGGACGACCAUCUUCAGAAAAAGUUUCUCUCUGAUGGCUAUCCGGUGUCUUUUGACAGGAUGGACCUUGACAAAUAUGGUGGACUGUGGAGUCGUAUUUCUCACCUCAUCCUGCCUGUUGCAGCAGAGGAAAGGAUUGAGCUUGAAGGGUGCUAGGGUACAUAAAUAGUCACUUGAACUUUUAGCUUAAGCACUAAACUACCGCCUAUCUUUUAGAUCCUCACUGGGUGGCUAGUCAUUCUGAGGCUUGUAGCAGUGUUUUUUAAAGACCCACCAGGUUCUUAAAUGUACUGUAAAAAAGCUCACUACAUAUGAAGGCAUCACAUAGAAAUAAGAUGCUUAAAGGAAUACCCCAAAUUAUGUUUCUUUACCAAUUACUGCGUGUUACGUUGAAUUUGUGAGGAAAAGGUUGUUUUUCUUGUAUGCCUCCACAUGGAUGAAGAAUCUAAAAAACAUAGAAAAUUCUUGAUGAAUCGAAGUAAUUAGGAUCAGCAUUUAACAACAACAAAACUAUCAAAACAUCCAUUUACGAACUCUUCCACAAAUAGUGCGGCAUGAUUCAAGUCUUCUUUAUCCAGUCAUAUGCUCCCUUCAAAGCCAGAUUCCAUUGACAAAAACUGAUCUUUUACCUCGCUAAACACAAGAGCAGCUGGUCUACUGCUGUAUUUGUUUUAUGUUAUUAUGUGACUUUGGUGUUUUAAAGGGUUAGUUUGGCUUCACCAA